AUGCAUGUGCAAGGAGACGACGAGCCGGGACAGACGACGUCGACGACGAUGGCCAGUGCUCCUUCGGCGCUCUCUUCCGCGCAGCAACUUCUUCGCGCACCAACAUUUUUUUUAUCCAAAAAUAACUGGAGGAGCGAUGUGGUACAGCACUCGGAACCGGGAGAGAGAGAGAGUGGAGGACCCGCUGCAGCAGCAAAGUAA